AUGCCACAGGAUCUGAAGAUUGUGACAGUAGGAGAUCACGCGACAGGAAAGACGUGCCUAUACAUCGUCUAUGCAACGAAUGCUUAUCCAGAGACAUACGUCCCAACGGUGUUUGAUAAUUACGUUCACGACGAAUUAGUUGACGGAACACCUGUUAGGUUUGGUUUGUGGGAUAUACACGGAACGUCGGAGGACCAUGACCGUCUGAGGCCGCUGUCCUAUUUUCUUACAGAUGUAUUUCUUGUCUGUUUUUCCAUUGACAACCGAGAAUCUCUUGCUAAUGUGAAGGUUAAGUGGGUUCCAGAACUUAGACGUUUUUGUCCUAAUACGCCAAUUGUACUUAAUGCCUGCAAAAUCGAUUUGAGAGAGAAACCAGCAACUGAUUUAGUGACGUAUGAGGAAGGAUCAAAGGUCGCCAGUGAUUUAGGAUUAUGUUACGUAGAGACCAGUGCGCGAACACAACAAGGUGUACAAGAAUGUUUUCAUGCAGCAAUCCGGGUAGCGCUGGUAAAUGCGACAACAACAACAAUCCAACCAUGGUUCUCAUGUGGCAAUAGAGGACGGAUUCCCCCUCCUCCUCCGAUGCCUCCUGCAGGUAUGGCCCCGAAAAUUGAAGUUGAAACAUCAAGGUUUGCAGACGAUUGGCUGGCUAUGCACGAAAACCCUGUUCAUGCAGACGUUACAUUCAUAUUGAGAGAACAGCUCAACCUUGACGCACAUAAGAUAGUUUUGUGUUCAUCUUCCACAUACUUCAGACGAGUCUUUGGAAUGAUGAAGUCACAUAAGAGGAAGAGAACGAAGUCCGCGAGUAACUUCACUAUGGAUGAACUGAACUCUGAGCAAACGGAGGGAAUAGUAGCUGCAUAUGACAAGGACGAGUUCACAAAAGAUAUCCAAGGUCAAAUUCAUCGUCAUACAGUGGUUGAACUUAAUCCUGAUAUCAAACCCAAAACAUUCGUCAAAGUUCUGCAAUUUCUGUACUCUGGUGUUCCCUGUCUAUCUAAUGACCAGGAUCAAAUUGACCCAGAAGAACUUGAUGACAUCAUGAAUCUAGCUGCCACUUUUAAAUUGCCGAAAUUGACGGAGAUUUGCCAAAAUUGUCUCAGUGGUCAGGCAUUCCUUAAUCCAAGUAUAGGUACUUCCAUGAAUGACGAGACAAGGCGAAAUAUGAAGGAUCUGUAUUUCAACAAACCUGAAACGGCUGACGUCACGUUUAAAGUGGAAGGAAGAAAUGUUUAUGCUCAUAAAAGUGUCUUAACUGCCAGAUGCAAAAACAUGGCGGUUACGAUUCAAGGUAGCUGUGUGAAAGACCAAUCAAGCAUACUCGAGGUAGCUACAACGUCGGAAUGUUUCUUGGCUCUUUUGGAAUAUCUCUACACCGACCAGGCACCUAUUGAACAGACUGAUGUGAUAUCACUCAUUGUUCUGGCGGAUAAAUACGGUCUUAAACGUCUCACGAAUCUGUGUGAAUUACAUGUAACUAAGGAAGUCAACAAAAGUGUGAUAAAGACUAUAGAAAAAGCAGACAUCGAUGUCAUCGGACUUUUACAGUCAUCACAGGAUUACAAUGCAGAGCAGCUGUCUAGAUGGUGUCUUCAUUUCAUCUCUACAAACUAUACAGCAUUGAAGAAUCGGGUGGAAUUAUCGUCGCUGAACGAAGAAAAUAGAAUCUAUAUUGAAGUGAAUCAAUGGCCGCCGCUAUCGUACCUUCGUGAUGUUGAGGAAUACGAGAGGAAGUGGAAAAUAAGGCGUCAGAAAUGUUCAUUCAGGUGUUCAAUCAUGUAA